UACAGUUCACUAUACACGGACCGAGAGUUCAUGUGGAGACCUCGUUAGCGCUUUAGGCUUCUAAAAUGCCAACGAUCAAACAGCUCUCCUUGACUUACGAAGCUGUUAAUAACAGUAAUACAUUCACUAAUGGCGAUGUUAUUAAUGGGCGAGUCGCUUUCGAAGUGACUAAAGAAGUUAAGAUAGAAAGCUUUUAUGUGAAGUGUAAAGGGGAAGCAAAAGUGAGUUGGAGCGAGAGGCACAAUGAUAGAGAUCACCAUUACAGUGCUACUGAGAGAUACUUUAAACUCAAACAAUACUUCAUGCAGGACCCUUCAAAGAAAGGAAAAGAAGAUCCCGGUGUUAUAUUAAUAAGCGGAGAGAUCUACAACAAUGUGGUUAAGCCUGGAAGCCAUGUUUAUCCAUUUAGCUUACAACUGCCGCAUGGAAAUUUUCCAGCAUCUUUUGACGGAUACCAUGGCUCAGUAAAGUACAUUCUUGAAGUCACACUGGACCGUUCAUGGAAAAUGGACCGCACUGAAAAAAAAGAAAUCAUCUUUAUUCCAAGGCUUAGUGGCGUUAAUUUAAUGAACCCACAGAUUGGAUCUAUCGACAAAAAGAUGAAACUUUUCACCUCUGGAAGCACCUCAGUGAAAGCAACAAUUGACAAAAUGGGUUAUAUGAAAGGUGAGGUCAUCAAGGUUUCCACUGACAUCAAUAACGCUUCGUCUCGUGAUCUCAAGCUGAAGUACAGUCUCGAGCAAACACAGGCCUUCUAUGCACAGGGUCACUCCAAGUAUUCGUCCCGUACUAUUUUAAAAGUUGCUGGGGAUCGGGUACCAUCUGGAUCAAAGCAAACCGUCAUCACAAACCUGACGCUUCCACAAAAUCUGGAACUGAGCGUUACAAACUGUAAAAUUCUGAAAGUGGAAUACAUAUUUAAGGUUUAUUUGGAUGUGCCCUUGGCUAGUGACCCAGAGAUCAAAUUCCCCGUGAUCAUUCUCCCUGCAGGCCAGAUUUUUGCUCCAGGGCAAAACCAACCAGCUUUUCAAACUUAUGGGAACCCAGAUGGACCAGGAUGGAACCAACCUCCACCCCAGUUGGCAUUUGGGCCCAGUCCCCCAGGUGCUACCUUUGGACCACCUCCGGGGUUUUACCCUGGUCCGUACCCUUUACCUAUGUGUCCAAAUCCAGAAGCUCCUCCUCCUUCCUAUGCAGACCUCUAUCCAAAUCCAAACUCAACAGCCUCAGGAUUCAAUCCAGCUCUGCCAGCUCCACCCUUUAAUCCUCAGUACGCUCCUAUGGGUUAUCCAAAUCCACCUGUCCCUCAGCAACAUCCAGUACCGAGUGCUCCACAGUUCUGUCCAGGGCCUGCUGGCCCAGGCUAUGUUCCAACAGGACCCCCCCCAGGAUACUGCCCAAAUCCAACCACACAACCAGAAUCUUAUCCAACUAAAUCCCCUGAGAAACAUGAAUAAUCUGAAAGUGUGAUGACACAAGAAAUUAAGAUAUGGAUGAUACUGUGGUUCAAGGACUUUGGGUUUGUAACAUAUAUGCAAUGUGUGCAUAUUAUUAUUAAAUUAUUAUUGCAUUUACAUUAUUAUUAUUUAUGUAUUUUUUAGCCAUUGCAAUUGCUGCAGCAACCCACUACUGGGACCUUGUUGUGGUGCCAGUUGCAUCAUGCAGAUGAUCAGAAUCAAAUUUUUAUGAUUGUCGCAUAUGGCAUAGCGUUUUGAGUUCACCCCAGUACGUUCUUGUUAGUAACAAAUAAUUGUAGUUAAUUUUGUAACUCAAUUAAGCA